ACUUUCUAACGUGGACCCCCCCCUUGACGCCCUCUGAACCUUCUCUCCCAGAGCAUCACCUUUGAGGAGUUCAAAGCCUUCUGCCUGUUCAGCAACAACCUGGAGGAUUUCGUCUUCUCCAUGAAGAUGGUCACCGGGGCCAACCGUCCUGUGGGCAUGGCUCAGUUUCGGCGGGCCGUGAAGAUCGCCACGGGCCACGAGCUGUCGGAGAGCGUGCUGGACACCGUCUUCAAGCUCUUCGACAUGGACGGAGACAACUGCCUGAGCCACAAGGAGUUCAUGGGGGUGAUGACGGACAGGGUGCUGCGGGGCCUGAAGGUGAGCGCCCCCUGCUGGGCUCAACACCCCCACCCACACAGUUUCAAAGAGUGAAUGAGUCACAUACCU